UGUUUGACUGUGCGACCAACACCUCUUUAUAGAUAUACUGAGAUUUGGGCGGUAUGGCGCCCGUGAGCCAGCGCAAGCACCUCGGCCGCGACAAGUUCGGGGCUCAGUUCAGCUUGCUCAAGACCCAACAAUACACCGACCCUGCCACUCGAACAGCCAUCCCGAUCAUCCACCGCACUAUUUCAUGGAACGCCUCGGGCGGGUUGAUCGCAACCGGGGCCAACGACAAGACCGUUCGAAUAUGGAACCCCGAGCGCACCAGUCCGCGAAGCCAGAUCGAGCUGAGAGGCCACGGGCAUGCCGUCGAAAAGGUCCUGUUCAACCCUGUCAGAGAAUUCGAGCUGGCCAGCUGUUCCUCGGACGGCACGGUGCGGUUCUGGGACACACGGACGAAAGUCUGUGUGAAUAAACUCGAGGUCGGCGGCGAGCCCUUUACGUUGACCUGGAGUGCUGAUGGAAGCGUGCUCCUGGCAGGGACGAAGGGCGACGUCCUCAUUCCCAUCUCAACCGCGAUGCCCUCCUCUCCACAAGUCCUAUCGCGCCACAAGCAGAACCAACAGACCAACCAAACAACCUUCUCGAAUGCAUAUCCGCCCUCUGAUCUGCUGAUCACCCAAGGUGACGGCUCUGUCAAGAUACUCGAUUACCCCUCCUUCACGGUCCUGCACACCAUUUCCGCACACACUUCCUCCUGCACCGCCAUCUCCUACUGCCCCAAUGGGAAAUACGUCGCCGUCGGCGGCUCAGAUGCCAUGAUCUCUCUGUGGGACACCACGGACUGGGUGUGCCGACGGACCGUGUCCAACGCCAGUUCCGGCGCCAUCAAGGGCCUGAGUUGGUCAUGGGACGGCCGAUACCUGGUCGGCGCGAGUGAAGAGAUGGGAUCUGGUGGCGGUGAGGGCCUGAGCUCAGGCUUUGACAUCUAUCAUGCCGAGACGGGCGACGUCGUGCACACGAUUGCCACUGGCACAAGCGGAAUCCCGGCGGUCGAGUGGCAUCCUAACCGCUACUGGUUGGCAUACACCCAGAUCGAGGAGACCAGGCAAGGGAAGUCGAGUUUGAAAAUAGUCGGAGCAGCUGGAGGGCCGUCGAUUUGACAGAGCGCCUCGACAGACGGGAUUGGGACCGUUCUUGCUCAAGCGGAGAUUACGACACGGAGCCUCAUGCAGGCAAGCUUUACAUCUUGUCAGCUCAGAAAAGCGUACCGGACCAAGAUCCAGAGGACCGUUGCGUGGUGACACUCGUCCCCUGAUCGCGCAGCACGAAAACCUCCUUUCUCGACGUCCAGACAUUCCUAUCCGUUCGACACAGCCACACAGAAGAAUCAGCACCACUUUAAGAUGAAUUGUGAGACAGAUGGCACAAGUGCGCUUCUCAGGCAUAUGGACCUCAGCUAAGCCGCCGAGGCCCUCACAGUCUCUUCUUCUGUACAGCCUACAGUGCAGACCAUUGUCAUGAUUACAAUGUCCCGGGAAGCUGUAUGAAAGACAUCCUGUCGGGUGUCCGCCUUGACCGAGUUGUCUGGGUUUAGGGGCUGUGACUUCCUUGUCAAUGGCUCUCCGACAUCGCUCUCGUUCUAGCGAUUUCUGCUUUUCCUGUUCCUCACAGAUCUGAUCGGGUUGGAUAACCCCACCACCAGGAGCUUUCUUUUCCGGCUCAAGUUCUGUCCGAUACGGAACGAAAUCGCGCCGCAGAAGAGAAACUAUACCGGGGCCUGCUCCAUGGCAGGCCACUCUCUGGUGGCAUCUUUCGUGCCUCCUCUGGCAAUCUGUGCUGCAUUAUUACGAGGGUUACUUACUACCUAGGUAGCUGAAUGACCAAAAAAAUGUUUUGAAAACCUCGAAUCCACCUCCGACACUCCUUCGCUUCCUAGGUAGGGGCCAGGUAGCAGCGGGAGAUCCUCCGCUCAUGAUUUCCUUCCCAAUCACGCCUUUGCCGAGACGCAGACGCGGCCUUUGAAUGAGGUGAGCCAUAGCCACACGACAAACGCCCUCAAUCCGGACCUUGACCUUGACAACAAUCAAAGGCCCCGACCAGUCCAGAAGCGCUGGAUUGUGCCCGUGAUCAUCAGAAGAUGCCCUCUCCUUUACCACAAUUUGACUCACCGACCGUGGAAAGGAGGCAACGUUGCAAUGCCCCCCUGAGGCAAAUCUCGAGGCAACACUGACCAACUUGAAAUGGCAUCUCGAUAGCUUGCCAUAUUAAGAGAUCCAGGAAUCACCGUGAAUGUUGUGACGAAGCCAAAACUCAGGAGAAGGACCAGAGAGGGCCUUGCAAUCAACGAGCUAAUAAUACAGAACAAUUUAGAUACUAGUCAUAGCUGAGAAUAGAAGAGGGGUCGACAUGGUCCCAAACCUUCAUGCGUCGCACGGUCAGCUCCAGCAGGUAUGAUCAUGCCGCUUCGGUAGGAUCAAAGUCUCUUUUCCAAGAUCGGUGUGGUUGCUUUAAUGACAGAGAC